ACACACCUCAAGCAGUUGGAAUUAAGCUGCAGGCUAGCCAGUUCCUAUAGCUACAAAGAUACCGGGCUUCCUUGUUUGUUUGUUUGUUUUUAGUGGCUACUCAAAUCUCUCCAGGACACUGGAACUCCCACAGUCUUCCCGCUCGUCGACCCUGAGGGGAUGAAGUUCUCAAGUCUUCCGGGAAAGCGUGGCUGUUCUCAGGAGUGUCCCAAACACUGGGGCAGGGCAGGUGUCGCCGUUGCCAGGUUCAUUGGAUUGUUCCUACUUCAGGCAGUGUCGUGGACUUCAGGUGCUCGACCUUGCGUCCCUAAAAGCUUUGGCUACAGCUCGGUGGUUUGCGUCUGCAAUGCCACGUACUGUGAUUCUCUUGACCCUCUGACCCUCCCUGCCCCUGGCACCUUCAGCCGCUAUGAGAGCACACGCAGUGGGCGGCGGAUGGAGCUGAGUGUGGGGAAAAUCCAGGCCAAUCGCACAGGCUCAGGGCUACUACUAACCCUGCAGCCAGAAGAGAAAUUCCAGAAAGUGAAAGGGUUUGGAGGGGCCAUGACAGAUGCUGCUGCUCUCAACAUUCUUUCUCUGUCACCUGCUGCCCAGGAUUUGCUUCUCAAGUCUUACUUCUCUAAAGAAGGAAUUGAAUAUAACAUUAUCCGGGUACCCAUGGCCAGCUGUGACUUCUCCAUCCGUAUCUACACCUACGCUGACACCCCUGACGACUUCCAGUUAAACAACUUCAGCCUCCCAGAGGAGGACACUAAGCUCAAGAUACCCCUGAUUCAUCGAGCCCUGCAGUUGGCCCAACGUCCUGUGUCACUCUUCGCCAGUCCCUGGACAGCACCUACUUGGCUCAAGACCAAUGGGGCAGUGAAUGGGAAGGGGACACUCAAGGGUCAGCCAGGGGAUAUCUACCACCAGACCUGGGCCAACUAUUUUGUCAAGUUCCUGACGGCCUAUGCGGGGUACAAGUUAAAGUUCUGGGCAGUGACGGUGGAGAAUGAGCCUUCGGCAGGGCUGAUUACUGGGUACCCCUUCCAGUGCCUGGGCUUCACUGCGGAGCAUCAGCGAGACUUCAUUGCCCGUGACCUGGGUCCAAUCCUUGCCAACAGCACCCAUCGCGAUAUCAAACUGCUCAUGCUAGAUGACCAGCGUUUGCUGCUGCCCCGCUGGGCACAGGUGGUCCUCGCAGACCCAGAGGCAGCCAAGUAUGUUCACGGCAUUGCUGUGCACUGGUACCUGGACUUCCUGGCUCCGGCAAAAGCCACCCUGGGGGAGACACACCGUCUGUUCCCCAACACCAUGCUCUUUGCCUCGGAGGCAUGCGUGGGCUCCAAGUUCUGGGAGCAGAGUGUGCGGCUGGGCUCCUGGGACCGAGGGACGCGGUACAGCCACAGCAUCAUCACGAACCUGCUCUACUACGUGGCCGGCUGGACCGACUGGAACCUCGCCCUGAAUCCUGAAGGGGGCCCCAACUGGGUCCGAAACUUCGUGGACAGCCCCAUCAUUGUAGACACUGCCAAAGACACGUUUUACAAACAGCCCAUGUUCUACCACCUUGGCCACUUCAGCAAGUUCAUUCCCGAGGGCUCCCAGAGAGUGGGACUGGUAGCUAGUGAGGAGCAUGACCUGGACACAGUGGCACUGAUGCGCCCUGAUGGCUCCGUAGUUGUGGUGGUGCUAAAUCGCUCCUCUAAGGAUGUGCCCCUUACCAUCAGUGAUCCUGCCCUGGGCUUCCUGGAGACCAUCUCACCUGGCUACUCCAUUCACACCUACUUGUGGCGUCGCCAGUGACACCCGCCAGUGACACCCUGGCAGGCACUGGGCUGAGCGUGGGCAUUAAAGGGAAAGUUAGCUCCUGAGCAGUCUGUGGCUAAACAGGGCCCUGCAGUGCUGGGUGAGCUGACAGGGACGUAAGCCUGGGGGCAGCGGCGUGCAGAGCUAGCAGGGAUGGAUGCAGGCCCAGAGGCAGGGUUUGGGUGACUCAUUUUCCUCUCUGGUAGGUGCCAGAGGCUGGAGGCCCCGAAGGAAAGUCAGGAAGCCCUGGUGUCCCCGCACUCCACUCCCCAAGCUUAUAUAAAUGUGUAUUACAUGCUGGUUGCCUGUGGAAA